AUGCAGGUGCUCAACAAGAGCGCAAGGCCUGUGGCGGGGAGCCAGAGGGCGCAGGGCUCUCGCAGGAGCUCAAAGAUGCCCGUGAUCCGUGCUGUCGCCGCGGUGGAGAAGACGCUCGUGACCACCAAGUCGGACGAGGUGAUGGCCGAGGCCCGCACCCUCUUCCCCGGCGGCGUGAACUCCCCCGUCCGCGCGUUCCGCUCCGUCGGCGGCAACCCCAUCGUGUUUGACCGCGUCAAGGGCCCCUACUGCUGGGACGUGGACGGCAACAAGUACGUCGACUACAUCGGGUCCUGGGGCCCCGCCAUCGUGGGCGCCGCCAACGACGAGGUUAACGAGGUCCUGCGGGCGCAGCUGGAGAAGGGCACCAGCUUCGGCGCCCCCGGCCCGCUGGAGAACGUCCUCGCCAAGAUGGUGAUCGACCGCGUGCCCUCGGUCGAGAUGGUCCGCUUCGUCAGCAGCGGCACCGAGGCCUGCCUCUCCGUGCUGCGCCUCAUGCGUGCCUACACCAAGCGCGAGAAGGUCCUCAAGUUCGUGGGCUGCUACCACGGCCACGCCGACUCCUUCCUCGUCAAGGCCGGCAGCGGCGUCGCGACCCUCGGCCUGCCCGACAGCCCCGGCGUGCCGGCGUCGACGGCGGCGGCGACGCUCAACGCGACGUACAACGACCUGGAGAGCGUCCGGGAGGUGUUUGCGGCCAACAAGGGCCAGAUCGCGGGUGUGAUCCUUGAGCCUGUUGUGGGCAACAGCGGCUUCAUCGUGCCCACCAAGGAGUUCCUGGAGGGCCUCAGGGAGAUCACCAAGGCCGAGGGCGCCCUGCUGUGCUUCGACGAGGUCAUGACCGGCUUCCGUAUCGCCAAGGGCUGCGCCCAGGAGCACUUUGGCAUCACCCCCGACCUCACCACCAUGGGCAAGGUCAUCGGCGGCGGCCUGCCCGUGGGCGCUUACGGCGGCCGCAAGGACAUCAUGGAGCUCGUGGCGCCCGCGGGUCCCAUGUACCAGGCCGGCACGCUGUCGGGCAACCCCCUGGCCAUGGCUGCGGGCAUCAAGACCCUGGAGAUCCUGGGCCGCCCCGGCGCCUACGAGCACCUUGACCGCGUGACCUCCAAGCUGGUGGACGGCAUCGUGGCCGCGGCCAAGGAGAGCGGCCACGCCAUCACCGCGGGCCACAUCAGCGGCAUGUUUGGCUUCUUCUUCUGCGACGGCCCCAUCACCUGCUACGAGGACGCCGCCGCCAAGGCCGACACCGCCAAGUUCGCGCGCUUCCACAGGGCCAUGCUGGAGGAGGGCGUCUACCUGGCGCCCAGCCAGUUCGAGGCCGGCUUCACCGGGCUGCAGCACACCGACGCCGACAUCGAGUUCACCAUCGAGGCGGCGCGGCGCGUGCUCAAGCGCAUCUAA